AUGUUGGGUUGGGUGGUGGGUGGUGGGUUGUGGGGUGUUGGGUUGUGGGGUUGUGUAGUGGUGGUAGUAGAUGAGAUGGUUGGUUGUGUGGGGGGGGGGGGUUUGUUUUGGAGUGGGUAUUUGUUGGGGUUAGUGUUGGGUAGAUUUAGUGGGGUGUUGUUUUGGGGGUUUUGUUGUGGUGUUGGGGGGUGGGGGGGGGGUUGGGAUGUUUUUGGGUUAGUGGGUUUGGUGGUUGUGGGGGUAGUUGUUGUUGGUGGGGGGGUUUUUUUUGUUGGUGAUUUGGGUUGUGGGGGGGUGUAG